CAGUCUUUGAGGACCGAGUAGUCCCGGGCCACCUCCCACCUCUGCUGUCAGAAGCAGCAGCUGCAGCCGUGGACUCCAAGAUUUCGGGAGCUGUGUCCCUUUCCUCAUGUAAAACAAGUAGACUUGGACUGUUCACUAAGGCGCCCUUUAUCCCUCCCAUCCUGUGAGCGGACAGUUGCCUUCAACUUUUGGGAAGAGCUGCCGGUUCGGUGGAAAAGCUGUGGCUGGGAAUCAGGAGGCCUGUGUUCUAGCCGUGGCUCCCCCACGAACUCGCUGGCGACUCCAGAAAGCUCUUAUUGAGGCUGAAUUUAAGAUUAUUUCAGAUUACACUGUUGAAUUAGGGGCUCCAUUAGGGCCUUUUUCGCUCAGUAAGUUUAUCUGAGCCCGUUUCUCCAACUAUAAAACGAGAGUCAGUUUGAUGACUUUUCAGGUCCCCUCAGAAGCUCUUGACUUUGUGGUUUUCUUUUUCUUUUUAAAAUUUUAUCUAGGACUGUUAGAGAAGUGACUUCGUGUUUUGAAUAGUUAGGCUGUCACAUACAAAGACUUUUAAAUGGAUUGUGUGUGUAUUUAGGAAAGCAUUAUGCUUUGGAGACAGUUUAGCAUUGCUGCUUUCAAGGGAGUCUGAGGAUGGGGAAUAAACUCAGGAAGGAUCGCAAGUGAGGAUUAUAUUAAUAUGUUAGGUAUCAGGAUAAGAGACUGCAUGACCGAAGGAAAAGGGCUAAGGGAAAGGUGAAGGAAAUGUUUCCGGAUAGGAUUAAUUCUCAUAAAAAUCAUGUCUAUAUCCCAAGAAGAGCUGGGACUUAUGUGACUAAAUUUAGCUUAUUUUUUUCCUCCCGAAAUACUGUGUUCUGUCUUUUGUGACCCUUGUUUCACACAUUUGGAUUCUCCACCCCGAUCAAAUUUGAUUCAGAGUGGCCGUCGCAUUUGAAAAAUGGACAGACAUUUUAACCGCUUCAAGGUUACUGACUUUUUAUGAUGUUUGGUGGCUAUGAGACUAUAGAAGCAUACGAAGAUGAUCUUUAUCGAGAUGAGUCAUCUAGUGAACUGAGUGUUGAUAGUGAGGUGGAAUUUCAACUCUAUAGCCAAAUUCAUUAUGCCCAAGAUCUUGAUGAUGUCAUCAGGGAGGAAGAACAUGAAAAAAAGAACUCUGGGAAUUCGGAAUCUUCGAAUAGUAAACCAAAUCAGAAGAAACUAAUCGUCCUUUCAGAUAAUGAGGUCAUCCAACUGUCAGAUGGGUCAGAGGUCAUCACUUUGUCUGAUGAAGACAGUAUUUAUAGUUGUAAAGGAAGGAAUAUUAGAGUUCAAGCACAAGAAAAUGCCUUUGGUCCUUCUGCUUCCCUUCAGUCUAAUGAGCAGGUUGAUAAGAAAUGCAAGAGUGAUAUUGAGAAGCCUAAACAUGAAGAGAGAUCAGAUGUAAUCCGAGAGGUCAUGAUUAUAGAGGUCAGUUCAAGUGAAGAGGAAGAAAGCACCAUUUCAGAAGGCGAUAAUGUGGAAAGCUGGAUGCUACUGGGAUGUGAAGUAGAUGAUAAAGAUGAUGAUAUUCUCCUCAACCUUGUGGGAUGUGAAAACUCUGUUACUGAAGGAGAAGAUGGUAUAAACUGGUUCAUCAGUGACAAAGACAUUGAGGCCCAGAUAGCUAAUAACCGAACACCUGGAAGAUGGACCCAGCGAUACUAUUCAGCCAACAAAAACAUUAUCUGUAGAAAUUGUGACAAACGUGGCCAUUUAUCAAAGAACUGCCCCUUACCACGAAAAGUUCGUCGCUGCUUCCUAUGCUCCAGGAGCGGACACCUCCUGUAUUCCUGUCCAGCCCCGCUUUGUGAAUACUGUCCUGUGCCUAAGAUGUUGGACCACUCAUGUCUUUUCAGACAUUCCUGGGAUAAACAAUGUGACCGAUGUCAUAUGCUCGGCCACUAUACAGAUGCUUGCACAGAAAUCUGGAGGCAGUAUCACCUAACGACCAAACCUGGACCACCCAAAAAACCGAAGACCCCUUCAAGACCAUCAGCCUUAGCAUAUUGCUAUCACUGCGCACAAAAAGGCCAUUAUGGACACAAACUUCUGGAAAAACUACUAAAAGAAAAAGAAAAGGUACUAAUAAACAAUGAGUGGAAAGUGAAUGUCCAGAAAGAGAAGUGUAUGACCCGUCUCCAGUAUCUCCAUUCAUCUGCUACUAUGAUGACAAAUACGAAAUUCAGGAGAGAGAGAAGAGACUGAAACAAAAAAUAAAAGUACUCAAGAAAAAUGGGGUUAUCCCAGAGCCAUCCAAGCUACCUUAUCUAAAAGCAGCAAAUGAGAACCCCCACCAUGAUAUAAGGAAGGGCCGUGCCUCGUGGAAAAGCAACAGGUGGCCUCAAGAAAAUAAAGAAACACAAAAAGAGAUGAAGAACAAGAAUAGAAACUGGGAGAAGCACAGGAGGGCUGACAGACAUCGUGAAGUGGAUGAGGAUUUUCCCAGGGGUCCCAAACCCUACUCUUCUACUGGCAGUUUUAAAACCCAGAAGCCUUCUAAGCUCUUUCACCGUUCAUCGCAUUACCAUAUGUCAAGAGAAGACAAGUCUCCCAAGGAGGGCAAGAGGGGCAAGCAGAAGAAAAAGGAGAGGUGCUUGGAAGAUGAUGACAAUGAUAACUUAUUUCUUAUUAAGCAGAGGAAAAAAAAGUCUUAAGCUGUCAGGCAGCCUCUGAUGUGGCUUUUCAUUGUUCAUUUGGCCUUUGUGUCUAUAACUUUCUGGCAUUGUGUUUAUUAUCUAUGAUUAAAUAAAGUGAGUUUUUGGUUUUGUUUUUUUAAUUUCAGCCAUUCCUAGAGUUACUGAACAUCCAUGGAGAUCUCAAUUCUCUGUGUCCAACAGGAUAUUAGGUAAGAAAGUACAAAGAUAAACCUGGACUUAUCCUAUAUGUCAUCUUUACUCAGAAUCCUAGGGAUAGGUAGAAGAAUUCAUCUUUUCAAGAAAGCUUUUUUAAAAUACUUUGGGAAAAAAAAAAACUGCAUCAAAGGUAAUUCAUCCUCAACAUGAGUAUGAAAUUAAAUCCUUGCAGGAAGAGAAAUUAACACUAAGAAAAAGUCAUCAACAUUUUUCAACUUUUUUUUUUUUUACAUUGGAAAGGACAAUAACUAUAAAUCUAUAUCCAGAUUUUCUUGCUGCUGAAGCUGUUGUCAGAGUCUUCCUUUGGACAAAACAUCACUAGCUGACUAUAAAAACAAAAGUGUCAUCAUUGAAGCCCUGAAGAGGCAGGGAAUUGAGCUUCAGCAAAAUACAGGUAAAGAAUCUAUCCAACAUAAAUGUCAGAAGACAAAUUUCCUAAACAAGUGAAAGAGACAUCAAAAAUUUUAACAUAAUCACAAUGAAAUCAUUUUUUACCACUUUUAUGGCAGUGUUUCAAGCGGACUGUCACUCAGAUCUGUAGAGAUGAAUAUUACUCAAAAAAUUGUUUUGUUCUCUUGCAUUUUUUUGAACUACCACAAAGCUAUACAGAUUUUUUUGUACUUGUGGAUAUUUUGUACUUCUCAUAGCCUAAUGUCAGAAUAAGAAAAAUAAAAUACCUGAAAG